AUAUGUUCUCAACGUGGCAUGCCAACGCCACGGCAGCCUGCAUCAAUAGGUGCCUCUAAUAAUCAGGCUCUUCAUCUUGAAAGAAAUCAAGUUGGGUUAUCUGAGAGGGGGAAUGACCAGUCAAUAGGUACCUACGUAUCGGUGUUCUCCUUGAUAUCGAGCUCCGAGCUCCCCUCUUUAAACUAGAACCUGAGGUACGCUGAACAACGUCUACGUGAACAGCAGCGCUUCAAUGCUUCAUUUUAUAUCGGACGUUUUAAUAUGGCAGCCCAAGGAGCGGCUAUGCCGCUUCAAUCUAAGGACCACAAGACAUUGAUGGAUAUUAUUGAUAAAUUGAGGUCAAAGGGAAUUAACCGAUAUGUCAAUCUUCCUCAGAUUGUCGUCUGCGGCGAUCAAUCAUCGGGUAAAAGUUCUGUUUUGCAGGCAAUUUCGGGCAUGACUUUUCCAACCAAGGAUAGCCUCUGUACACGUUUCGCGACGGAAUUGAUCUUACGACAUACGAAUGAACACACUGAAGAGACAUGUCGCGUAUCUAUUUCUCCUGGCAUCGAUCGCUCGGCUGAAGAAAAGGCACGUCUUGAGAAAUUCCAAUACUCCGAGAUCCCUGACAACUUCAAUAUUGGAGCCUUGGUGGAUAAGGCUAAAGAAGUUAUGGGAGUUGGUUCCAAUCAAGGUAGAACCUUCUGCAAGGACGUCCUUCGCAUCGAACUAUCCGGUCCAACUCAGCCUCAUUUGACAAUCGUUGACCUGCCGGGACUUUUUCGUGCCGGUAAUAGGGAGCAGUCGGCUGAGGAUGCCGCGAUCGUACAAUCGCUAGUGCUCUCGUACAUGAAGAAUCCACGGAGUAUUAUACUAGCUGUGGUUUCAGCUCAGAGCAACUUCGCUUUGCAAGAAGUCACCCAGCAUGCACGCGAAAUUGAUAUUCGUGGUGAAAGGACCUUGGGACUCAUCACAAAACCGGACACACUCGACGUCGGCUCGGCAAGUGAGCGUGACUACUUCGACUUGGUGCAGAAUAGGGACGUCAAGUUCCGGCUUGGAUGGCACGUCAUGAGAAACCGUAGUUUCAAAAGCAGAGAUGUCACGAAUGAGGAGCGGGACCAAGCAGAGGCGGAGUUUUUCGAUCAAGGCGUCUGGGCUGGACUACCACGAUCCCAGAAAGGGUCCGCAAGCCUACGUACUCGGUUGAGCGAGGUGCUCAAGGAACAAAUACUCGAACAGCUACCGGAAGUUCUGGAAGAGAUCCAGAGAGGACUAGACGAAUGCUCGAGCCAACUUGAAAAGCUUGGCGCAGCUCGUAGCACGCUCGCUGAACAACGCAAGUACUUGCUCAAGGCUAGCCACCAAUUCUCAAAUCUCAUCACCGAAGCAAAAGAUGGGUUUUAUCAAGAUAAGUUCUUUGGAAACGCUCGGGAAGAGAUCGGGUACCGUAAAAGGCUCCGUGCUGUUGUGCAGAAUAUUUUGACUGAUUUUGCCCAUACAAUGCGAACUGAUGGACAUGCAAGGAAUAUUGUCGAGGAAGUCUCAAUGGAAGUCUCAAUGGAUGACCCUACAGAGGUUUCACGAGAUGAUUACCUACUAGAAGUGAAAGAUCUGAUGAGAAGAAGUCGGGGGUGUGAGCUUCCAGGCACAUACAGCCCUUUGAUAAUUGGCGAGUUGUUCCGCGAACAGUGUAAGCCCUGGAGAAGCUGGUUGGAAAGUUUCUCUAGCAAGAUAUUCAAAGCUGUUGACUUAACUGUUAAUGAAGCAUUGACAUACAUUGUGGAUGAGGAUACGAAGGCGAAGCUCUGGUGUGAAUUGAUUAGUGAUGGUUUGGGUCGGCUCAACCGUGAGCUUGGUAGCAAAGUGGCCGAGAUCCUACGACCUCAUGAGGAUGGCCACCCAAUAACAUAUAACCACUAUCUGACAGAGAGCGUUCAGAAGAUUCGCAUCGGUCGCUAUCGGGACAAUGUCAUGCGCGGUCUGAAAGAGUCUGGAAUUGGAACAAAUAUGCUACUUGGAAGUCUUGACAAGUGCUUGGAGGCAGCUGUUAAGCAUACUGAAAAAGACAUGGAGACUGUGUCAAGUUCGGAUGCGAUCGACUGGAUGGAGGCAUAUUAUGAAGUAGCACUGAAGCAAAUUGUGGAUGACUUCAGUAAGCUAGCGAUUGAAGCUUGUCUUAUUUCGAAGCUGCCUGGGUUAUUUACCCCUGAAGUGGUAUUUGAACUUAGCGAUGAUACCGUAAGCAGGAUUGCUGCCGAAAGUUGGGAAACGGCAGACGAACGACAAUUCCUCACGGAUAAGAUGAACGUCCUGAGCAGUGGCAUGACGGAGCUACAGCGCCUAAGCAAAUAUCAUAAGGGUACAGGAGGUGACAAACUAGAAAAAGAAGCCAACACACCUGAAUUCUCCUCUAAGCAAGAACAAUCUUGGAGCCAACCAGCUCUAGAUGCACCUAUGCCAGAGCGACCGGAAGAACCGGAGCACGAAGCAACGAGUCCGGCAGCUUCAGAAUGGACGGCCGAGCCUGAUGCUGCAAGCUACGGCCAUUUUUCAGAGGGACCACAGUCCUCCGAAAUCUAUGAGGAGCCAGUCAUUGAAAUAGACAGGCCAGGUUUCAAGGUUGCUAAGGAAAGUAAAGCUCUCACGACCAAAAAGACGAGGGAAAAGAAAAGGAGAGAACGGGCUACCUUUGCCUGGAAAUCACCCAUUUUUGGGGCGCAAGCUGAGGAAUACGAACGCCAAUAUUAGUUUGAGCACCUAAAUUGAGUUAUACUCAAAAUUAACGGGGUUCGGCGCCCAGAUGUCUUACGGCUAGGCAGCCUUUCCGAAUUCAUCACCUGCGUCUCUAUUCCUUUCUCGUGCCAUGAUAAAGCUUAAUGGGUUUUGGUUCCAGUUGCAGCUAGGGUAUUUCCCACAUAGAGUGUGUAGGUUGAAAAUAAAAUCCGUGUUAAGUUAUGUUACAUGAGGUCUUGAAAACCUGUUUACCCCUUUAUGAUAGAAGUUGGCAUCGCAUGUAUCUGGGUACCUAAGGUACCUAGGAGAUCUAAGUAGGUAGAUAGGUAUACAUCGAAUUGUGGUACGUAGGUAUUAGUAAAUGCAGUCACCCCUACUGUGUAUAAAAUUGAGAGAUGAUCGAUAAUA